UCUCAGUCUAACUUUGUUAGUGUUCACUUCGUUUAAAGUUCUUAACUUGCAAUCAUGACUGGUCGUGGUAAGGGAGGAAAAGGAUUGGGAAAAGGAGGAGCCAAGCGCCAUCGUAAAGUUCUUCGUGAUAACAUCCAAGGUAUUACUAAACCAGCUAUCCGUCGUCUGGCUCGUCGUGGUGGAGUCAAACGUAUCUCCGGUCUGAUCUACGAAGAAACCCGUGGAGUUCUCAAGGUCUUUCUUGAAAACGUUAUUCGUGACGCAGUUACUUACACCGAGCACGCCAAGCGUAAGACUGUCACCGCCAUGGACGUUGUCUACGCUCUGAAACGUCAAGGCCGUACUCUUUAUGGUUUUGGAGGUUAAGCAUCAUUCGACUCAGCAAAUAUUAAACAAAACGGCCCUUUUCAGGGCCACCAAAUUUUUCAUACGUUGAAAGUAAAUCAAGUUUUAUUAAGUAUUAUUAAUUGCAUUAUUUCUUCUCAACUCGCUCACUAUUCUAUGUAACCAAUACAUGAACCCUAAUUAUCUUAGUUAAUAAAAUUACAAAAAAACAUCUUAAUUAACAAAUGGAAUAUUUCAUCGUCAGAUGUUUACUUACAGUACAUCAUUUAUUUAAGUUGUAUUAUAGAAGAUUUGCCUUAUCUCGAAUAAAAAGCCAUUCAUAAACGUAUUAGCAAUAGUGCUCAACAACCAAUUAGAUAUAAGAAGCUAUUCUUAUAAAUAAUCUCAACUGCUAGAAUUACUAUCUAUAGGUACAAUCGCCGACAAUAAUUCGCCCCGGGUUGUGUUGCCCCCGGCUUGAUGAACUUUUCUAUUUCAGUACAUCUCUUCCAAAACAACAGUAAUAAAAAUAUUUGUAUAAAAGAUACUUCUAGUAUCAAAUUAGUUUUUUAUUUGAUAAAUCCAUUCUAAAUUUAAUAUCUCUAGGAUAAUAUUUAUUAAAACAAGACACAAUUUAAAUUUCUGUUAAAUAAAUUAUCUGUAAAAUUAAACAAAUGUAUGAAAAUAAUGUGGAAAAAAUAAAUUUCAAUUUUUUCAUA